AUGAUUUACGCAUGCGCAAAAUGAUCAAAAUGGCUGAACGUAAAAUGUCAACAAGGGAAUGAGUAAAAGACAAUGCGGUGUUUUAUGGUUGUUUAGACAUUUUUACUGUAAAAUAUGGAUGCUACAGAUACCAUAAUUGAUCCCCAAGCAGAAGUUAAAAAACUUCAAGAUUUAGUUAAAAAAUUAGAGAAACAAAAUGAAUUUCUGAGGGGUCGACAAAAGAUACAGCUAGAAACUUUACAAAAUGGUGAAACAGAACCAGGCAAAUUAACUGCCAACCACAACAAUAAUUUGCCCAGUAGUAAUGAUAAAACCUGGAGUAAAAAUAUUGGUGGCGAUUCUCUGGAAGAUAUAGACGUUUUAGACGUUGAUGGAUUAUCUCUACGUGAUGAUGAAGAUUCAUGGUUAUUUAUGUCUCCAAAACCUCCAACACCUCAGCAGAAUAAAAUUAGUCCUUAUAAAUGGGUCAGACAAGAGUUUGACCAUCCUAGUCCAGAGGUGAACUCUGUAAAGAAGUCUCUAUUAAAUAAACUUGAUGAAGUAGCUAGAAUAUCAAGGAGUAGUAGUACUCCAACCUUUGGUCUUUACUCCUCAUCAUCUUCAUCAAGACCAAGAAUGAGUCAGUCUGCUGAAAACACCCCUGUGUCUAAUCAGACACCAGCUGUUAGAAAAUCAUUAUAUUCCAAUGCAGGUGGUUCAUCAAGUAGAAUUAACACUGGAACUUUCACCAGGCCAAAGACGAAAAUCCAAACUGAAAGUGGAGAUAAAGCUGCCGAGGGUGCCGACAAACACCCAGACGUGACAGACAUAGAAAACCUUGCAAAACAGCAAGAAGAAAGUUUACGACAGAGUAUGACAAAUUCUUCUCCAAGAAGAGUCAUACGCCCCCGACAAAUUCCCCAGCAGGGAGUGCAGGCACUAAACAAUAUAAACAAUAAUAUUGAGGUAGAGAACACUGGCUCCCCUAUACACUCCAACAGAUCCAGCCCCUCCCGGGUCGAGGGAGAUAGGAGAAACAGUCAGACUAACAGUAUUGGAUCAGAUGCCAGUAGUCCCCCAGAUAGUCCUUACGGCAGCCAGUACCUCAACCCCCCUACAGAGAACACAAACUUGCGCAGAAGUUUACCCAAUGUCUCCCAGAGGCUGACACAACCCCAGGGUCACCAUGCCAGUGAUCCCUAUCUAGACAACUACUCUUCUGGGGGUAGUGACGAUUACGAGGUCAGCCCAACCCCAGCUCAGCAGAGACAGUUCUCACGCCUCCAGCCCCCUGUCAGGCCUACAUCUCCCAACGUGUCAGGACUGAGACAACCAAGCAGCCCCAUGCACAGGGGCCUGUCUCCACAAAGAACCGGUCUUCCACAACCAAUGAGGCGGUCUAUUCCCAGACCAGACAGCGCCGUUAAGUCUAGUAUCCCUUCACCCAGAAGGUCUGCGUUGCCGUCACCUAGAAGAACAAACCAAUACAGAGCCCAGGGCAGUGAUGAAAGCUGGAAGGAGGGCUGUUUUUAAUGGGGAUCUUUAUGUACGUGUGAAGAUAUCUGUGAUUUUGGGGACUAACCUUGAAUAUUUUAUAAAACAGAAAGAAUUAAGACAGCUCACAACCAGAUGUUUUAUGCUUGAACAGAAAAAAGCUGCUCAUAUUGUCUCUUAGAAGUGUCUUGAGAGGGAUUUAACUGAUAUUAAAUUAAGCUCUGCAAGGCAGGGUUGAGAAGAGGUUGAAAUCCUUUAUGUAUUGUAAAUUGUACUUGCUGUAAAAUUUAACAUGUCAAUUCCAUUGAUUGCUUUAAUCUAUUUGUUUUUUGUGAUUGGUUGUUAAUGUUGAGAGGGAGGAAUUUCAGUGUGAUCUCAUUUGAACCCACAUUAUACUAUAUUGUAUCUGCAUGCUUGUAAGAGGGAAGCAAAUGGAAAUGGGAGCUUCACAUUGUGUCACAGGUCUGUUUGAUGUCUGCAUGAAGAAAUCUGGUGUCUGGUUCAUAUUCUGUGAUAAUGUUAUGAACAAUGCCAUUUUCCUUUUGUAUCGGUGUCAUUAAGUUCAAGUAUGUCAUAUCAAUUUUGAAUUUUUCUUGUAAGAUAUAGAGAUGUUUUUUUAAUAUUGUGUCUAAGGAAGGCAGGUAUUUUUUUUUAUCUAAGCCCAUUACAGAACAUUUGUAUUAAACUAUUCAACACCCAUUUCUAAUAAGAAAAGAAAUUUACAAAAAUGGCAGGGUAUUUGUCAAGUAAUUUCUGGAUAAAAUAUUGCGUCACUUUGAAAAAAAUUGUUUGACUUUCAUUCAGUAUAAGUUAUUCAUGAUAAUUCAUUUGAAAUUCACCUUUAAAUAUAUCUUUAGCCUAGUCAGUGUUCAUCCUUUCACAUAUAUAUUUAAAAUCACAUAAGACAUAACAAUUAAUAAUGGUAUAGGGAUGUGUUCACUGAUAUAUUACAGUAUAAGAUUUGUUCACAUAUCCUUAUUUAUAGUUUGACGACAUACCGGUAGUAUUAUUUCUAAAAUGCUUCACUUUAAUUUUAUGUGGUGUAAGUUGAGUUUGGUUUUUUUUGCGCAUGACUUUUCUAACAGGGGUACACUGUACGGAAUCAAAAGUACAUUUUAAAUUUGUAGCUAAAUGUAUGCAUAACAAAGAAAGUGGAAAUGGCCUGGCAAUUUAUCAGAGAAAUUUAUUUAGAAGAUGACAUUUUUUAUGAUCAGUGAGAGCAUGGGUGCUGGUUGUUUUGUACUUAAACUGCAGAGUUUGCGAGAAUGUCAUACCUGUUAUUUUGAUGGCUUUUUAUAAUUUAUUUGGUGAUUUCAAAACAUGCAAUAGCUUCAUUCCAGCUGGAAAGUGAAUAGAAAUAAAUAAGAUGUAAAUAUA